ACGAUAUCGGAUGUGUGUUCAUUUCAUUUCAUCAUGAUACUCAGUGCCAAUGUUGAGAAGUAUUAGUAAAUAUAAAAAUGUGUAAAAAAGACAUGUUGAAUAAGAACUGAUUUGCAGGAAACUCUCGUCAUGGUUCACACUAAGAAUAAUUUUAAGGAUCAGAAUCAUGAUCUUCCCAGUUCUGAAAAUGAUAGCCACCUCUCAGAAAAUCAUUCUGGGACCAGUCAUGAAAGUGUUCACAAUUUAUUCGUUGCUGUUAAAACAUCCAACUCAAGGCGGGAUUCAGAGAAGAGAUCAGUUGGCUCUACGGGUCCUUCUAUUAUUCGAGUAAUUCGUGAUGGCAUCUUUUAUUACUUGUGCAUUGUGACAAGAGGAGCUCGAGGUGCUGUAGAAGUUUUGAUUACUGAUGUUAGUGAAGUCUCUUGGUGGCUUGUUCGACUCUGUUUAUCAGAGCAAACUUUCACUCAAUUCCAUGAGCAGUGGCAAGUUUUCUCCUCUGGAGCCUCAACAUCCCCAGAAGACGAGCCUCUUGAAAAGAGACGCCGCCGACGAUGCUUUACAUUUGUACGAUUUCUGGGAUCGCUUCUCCCCCUAGCUCCUGUGCAGCGUCCAUAUCUAAGGUUUGUUUCUCUGAACAGCCUGAGCACAUCCAAUGACUCGCUGUUUGAAGGCAGUGUUCGGUCAGUGCGUACUGCUCCAUCCAGCAACAGGCAACCUCUAUCAAUCAAGCCAGCUGCAUUGGAGCAGAGCAGGCACCAACUCCUUCGCGCGGAAGGAAUGACAAACUUGUCCAGAGAGAGCAAUGAGUCUGGCUUCAGUACAGCUCAUUACUUUGACAGUGACACCUCGAGUUGUGUGGACAAUGAACAGCUGGAUGAUGACACAGAGGGAGACCGUCAGAGCAUUACCAGUGCUCACAGCAUGGCAGUUGGUGAGAGUUCAGGGAAAAUCAAUCGCCGCAAGUCUCAGAUCAAGCGGAGGCAUGGUCGCAGGACUGAGCAUGGCUUCCAUGAAGCACAGCAGAGAGAAAGCAAUCUUGAGUCAGCCUUACCUUUCACUGACCCUUCAGCUCUUGAGAAGAUCAAGUCCUUGGAGAGUCAGCUAGAACAGCUCAAAUUAACCAUCAGCCAAAUUAUGCAGCAGAAACACAAGCCUCCUACCACUCCCCCGUCUUCCCCAACUGGUACUCGACGUCCCUCGGUGGUACCUCCCCCUCCUCCUCCUCCCCCUACACCAAUUGCUCCUCCACCCCCACCACCACCCUUGCCCCCAACUCCUCUUGCUGCAGGUGUUAAGAGUGUAGCAGGUGGUAGCCUGCAUGAGCUGCUCAAGAGCAAGCAGGGACAGCUGAGCAAAACUGAGGUCAGCACCACACCUAAGGAUGAGCCAGGCUCUUGGUCUAGCGUCGUUAAUGCCAUAAAAGGUGGCGGUGCAAAGCUCAAGAAAGUGCAACGUCGUUCACCCAGUGUCAAGAAGACCGCAGUGGAGACCAACAGCGGUGAUGCGUAUCGCGCUGCGCUCGCUGCCACGCUCAGACAGCGCUUCAAAAGCGUCCAUGGCAGUGAAGAUGACACUGACGUCGAGUACAGUGACUCGGAUGCCGUCAAGGGCAGUCGAUGGGAUAGCGAAGCUUGGCAGUCGCCACCUUGCAAUAUCAACAAUAACACUGCGAGCGGCCAGGGACCCUUGCCGCAGCUGCUAUUCAGAGAUAAGCUAAAGAAAAGGUCCCCUGUAAAACUCGCCAAAGAAAUUAAAAACUCGCCAGACAUGCUUUUAGCAGCCGUCAAUGAAAAGCUUUUUUCAUCUGUCAAUGGUGAGAGAGGAAGUGACUCCACCCUUAUCUUCUCGACGCCCAAGUCUAGCUUCCUAGACAACACUGAAGACCAAGCUCCAGACUCCAAUGAACUUUUCCGCAAGUUUCUGCAGUCAGAUCGAAAAAGGCGCGUCAUCCCUCCUAGCUUGACAAAAAUACAAUCAACCCCAAACUUAGCAUCUUUUUCGACGCCAUCUCUUAACAAGGACCGGAUUGAAACAAUUCUUGAGACGCCUCAGUCUUGCGCGGCGGCUGGUGAGGACGAUACUCCUGUUUUGAACUCCACUCUCAAGCCUCGCGCUCUUUCGUUCAGUACAGAAGUGCAGCAAUCUCCUUUUGGGCAGCAUCUUCUGCGCAGGAGAUCUACCAUCUCGCUGAAAGCCGACGCCGCAAAAGAGACGCGGCCCUCUCAUGACACUACCCUCACCCCUGCUGCUAACCGUGAGGCAAAACGCUGCCAUAAUGAGGAAACUCCCGUUGCCAGUGGUUGUAGCAAGAAUAAUAGUGAAGGAUUAACCAUCAAAAAGCAGGAAAGAGCUGAAAUUCAGGAGGAAUCCCUGUAUCUUUCUUUUGAGUCAUGUGAUAAAGACAAACGAUCGCUUCAGGUGCCUAAUGGUUCUGUUGAUCCAGAAAAAGAAUGAUGAUUCAAAUAACUACCUCAAAAAUACGUAGGAUUUACUUUGUAAUGAAUAACACUACCUAACUUUCUACGAUUUCCAAAAAAUUCACUGGUAUAUUUUUUCUCCGUAUAUGUCUGUUUUUGUUGACAUUAUCAUGCUUUUCUAUUCUAAGUGCAUGUUUUGCAGAUUAAAUUUAAUUCACUAUUGGAAUACGAUUCGCUCACAACUUCAAAUCAUUGGAACAGCACUUUUGAUGGAACUUGUGUGUCAAACUUUUCGUUGCCCUUCAUCAUGUUCCAAUUGCGCCGACUCUUGAAGAUCCCUUAUAUUGUAAUGAGUUUUUUUCCUAGAUUUCUUUUCCUUUAAGUAGUAGCAUGUAAAAAAUCAUCGCUCAGUCAUUGCCUUUAAAAGACCGAAUUGCCUUGUGCCUUAGGCUGCUAGCUAAGAAUAUAUUCCAAUGAAUCUGUGUCGACGCAACCUCCUCCACAGUAACCUCAAUAAAUGAGGUUUGAAUAUGUCUAGGUGUAAAUGAGAACACAUUUCUGAUAUUUAUCAGCCUUCUUUCAGAAGAUAUUCUGUGCUUCUUAAUACAUAUGCUGUUCAAAGUGGCUUACUUAAUUAUUCUAGUUAACUAAUGAUGGACACAUCUUAAUGUGUCCAUCGAUGAUAGUUUCCUUAGCCAUCUUGUCACGUAUUAGCCAUAACUGGAGAUGCUCAUAUUCAAUAGUCAAAUAAUUACUUUAAGUGAUCUCUUCGGAAUGUAGGACGCUAACGAGGUACCUUAUAUACGGAGUGCCUACUAUGUUAUUCUGCUUUUAGCUAUAAGAAUGUCUGAAAGCCUUUUUGGUAAAGAGACCUUGUGGUUCAAUUGUAGUCAAAGGUUCAGUAGCUGUGCAUGUUUUCUAUUAGCAUGGCAUCAGUUGAAUAAUUCAAGUAACUGUCUUCAUGUCUCGUGUAAGAAUUUCUAUUACCUAUUCACUUGUGAGUGAAGAAUAUAUAAAAGAAACCUGACAGUACUCUUGCAGCUCAGCGUAGACUGCUUAUUCAGUCUGUUGAAAUUGCAUGCCUUUUGAUUUUCUUGUACACGAUACUCGUAUUAUUGGGUUGCAGUUAGGUCUUGAUUAUAAGUCAGUUUGUGUUAUUUGCGCACCUACGAAUGGAGCCUAAUUGAUCAUUUCUGAUGCUUAAUAAAUAUUACUAGUUGUUUUGUAGCUAGUCAAAUGACGCAGCAUCCUUGCUAAAAAAAGGAUCUUAUAUUGUUGCUUCUUGGGGUUGUAUUUAUUUUAACCUGUUUUGUGGCUUCCUGGUAGAUCCUAUUAACUUAUGUUCCUCCAUCUAUGAUGUGAUUUUUUUCCGUUUGACUAAAAUUCAUACUUUUCACAACGCUACCAUAUGCUCUGUGAAUUUAUGUGUUUUUUCUCAAUAUUUUUGAUUGCUUCAUGAGGCUGACUCUUAAUUUUUUUAACGUUUUCUUUGUAAGGUUUCUCAUACUUAUUUCGGGUUACUUGGUUACAUUAUCAUUCCUUGCCCAUUUCCGAAUACUUGAUUUGGUGUAAAGUGUGUCCAAUUCUUUGAUAUCAGCUCACGCGAUCAGUAGUGCUACUGUUAACUGUGAUAUUGUGUCGCGAGACUACAUUCCUUCAUGAUCAAUUACAGCUUAGACUGAUUUAAGAACUGAAUGUUUGUACGAGGCAGGUUGCAUUUCAUCGAUCGUUGAUUGACACAGUUUGUAUAACGGAUCUAUAAAACCUUUGAGGGAUGAAUCAAUUUGUUGUCCGUCGCCCUUGUUAUAUAUGACCUCAUCUUUCAGCGCGUGAAUUUGUUAAUUCUUGUUGCUGUAACUUUAUUCCGAUCUAUUUUAGAGACGUAUAUUGGAAUGAGACAUUUUAAUUUUUUUCAUUUCAUUUCGCAGAUGACAUUUGAUAUGUCAUCUGCGUGCCUUAAUUGGGACAAUUACUAAGUGUCCUAAUUAUUUAUUUUCUCCCUCCUUCUGAUACUCACAUUUAUUUAUUUUUCCUUUCGGCCGAAUUGUGCUGGUUAUCUCGCGUGUAAAGUCUUUAUGAAAUUGCUAUUUGAACAACUAUUUCGCUUGUUCGCUGACUUCACUCAAAUUUCACUAAGGUUUAGCAAUGAAUCUUGUUCUUUGUGCGUUUCUUGAGGUCCAAGCCAGUUUGUAUCAUGUUGCGAACGAGUGAACAAAAAUGCCGUUGUUUUCCGGCACUUGUGGUGCGUGUUUCAAAUGUUUUUGCCUCGCUGUUAGCUAAAAUAGUCGUUUCAUCACGACUCAGUUUUAAGCUAUUUAAUCAUCCACCAUGAUUCCAUGAUACAGAGAUGAAACUCUUAAAAUUUACGUUAAGAACUCCACAAUAAUUAUUGCGCGCCAAAUGGGAGUUAACUGGCUUUACUGUGGUUGGUAAUGUGAAAAACUGUUCAUCUAGCAGCUUAGCUGUUCUGGGAUACGUUCUGUGCUUCAGUAUGUUGAAACUGAAGUUCCGUAGGUGGAUGCCGAUCGCUGUUUGCCAUUAAAGCCAGAUGAAAUUUGAAGCGAUCGUGUUAGAGUAAGUUAUUUAAGUUUACUUGCUGUGGCGAGCAUGUAACCUUUCAAAGUAGCUGGAAAUCGUGGCUGAGAAUUCAGUUUACUUUUUCUUAUUAUACUUCCAUCUUACCGUGCUCAUGCCAAGUGUACACCUUUGAAAUCCGUAGUGUCAAUGAAUUUAAAUUUCACUGUAUUACGUAUGGAAAACCUCCAAUAAGAGAUAAUUCCAUUCAAUUUUCAAGAAACCCGAUAGCCAAAGAUCAAUUCAAUAAUUUUUUUCGUAUGGAAUAUGGAUGCCAGCCUUAUAUUCACGUUCAAACAAAAAUUUGUGCUUGUCUAGCACAACUUAACAGUGCUUGCAUGUAUCAUCUUGAACGCACAAAUUGUAUUGUUAUUGUAUUAUGUACUCAAGAGUCGUGCAGAACAUUUUACGGCACAUCUCGUUUUAUCUGUCUCUGCUAUUUUAGUAAAGUUCAUUAACUACAGUAAUGAGGAUCUAUCUCUUCCUCAUUUGCUAUUCACUGCUUGCUUUGAAUUGCAUACUUACUUACGUUACUUACUCAUGUUUACUUGUUCUGGUGAUUUAUUACAAAAUAUGUCUUCCAUUUGGUGCUCAUUGCUUGACUUUGCUAAUUGAAUUUAUUGCGUAAUUGAACGCAUUGUGGUUCAAAUGAAGAAAUAGCGAGAUUCAGAAAUGUAACCAUGUAGAGAUUUUUGAGCUACCUUGUUGGUUGUUAGGAACAAUAUUUUUGUGGACAUUGAACAUGAAACCACUUUU